AUGAGUUCAAUUCUAAACAAAUAUAAGAAAAAGGAGAACAAAGAGGAAUCUACGAAUAAUAGGCAUAAUCUUAUGGUCAUGAAUCAGCCUUUAUCUCAAUAUGAUGAUCUACCAAAGCUUGAUAUGCCUGAUAAGCAGCAGCCUCAGCUGGAUGAUGAUACUCAGACACCUACGCUUGAAAGGAGAUCUUUACCUUUGAGUAUCGGUGAUGGCAGCCUCAGCCUUGAUGAAUUCAAUCACAAAAAGUCGCAGUCAAAUUCAUCACUUAGAUCAAACAAUACACGUAAAAGGAAUUACUCAGAUUCUAAUCAUAUUCCUGAUUCUUUACGUGAUGUUUCUCCUAGCGGUCAUUCUACUCCUGAUAAAUCUCAAAUUAGCCCUUCAACCAGGAACUCAAUCGAUACCUCCCGUAACUCUUUAAAUGAAACAGAUCCUCAGAUUGGCUUGGCUUUAAAUGAUAGACAUUCUUCAGAUGUUGACAGCCAGUCUUUAGAGUUAAAUGAUUACUUCGGCGAAGGUAUCACCGGUUUCGCUGUCGCAAGUUCACGCAGAAAUGCUGACUUUCACCAACUCUUUCCUAAUAUUCCUGAGCAAGAUUACCUCAUUGAAGAUUAUGGUUGUGCUUUACAGCGUGAAAUACUUAUUCAAGGGCGUCUUUACAUAUCAGAAAAUCACAUCUCCUUUAACGCAAACAUAUUUGGUUGGGUUACCAGCUUUGCUGUUCCUUUCUCUGAAAUGGUUGCAAUCGAGAAGAAGAUGACUGCGUUUGUCAUUCCAAACGCAAUCCAAAUUUCUACAUUGCGCGCAAAGUAUGUCUUCGCUUCGUUUUUAUCCAGAGACACUGUUUACGAUGUGAUAUUAAACAUCUGGAGGUUGUCUCACCCCACCAUACCAGUAUCGGAAGAGUCUCACGAAAGCGCCCAUCUAAUUAAUCAAGGAAGCUCGCAAGAAGACUCUGAUACAUCUGCAGAAAGCUCUGCCACAUCAGCCUCAACUUCAUUAAGCAAAUCCAGUCGUAAACACAAAGAGAAAGGUGGAAAGCAAUCUAGAAAUGCUCGUCCUUCUGUACCUAGACAAGCGACACAAAGACCUCCACCAACUAUUCACAGGCCUACAAAGAUUGACCCUUCUGUAAACUUCCCAGAGGUUGCAAUGGAUACUACACUCCCAGCAACACCUGAAAAGCUUUACAAUCUUAUGUUUACAAGCUUCUUUAUUAAAGACUUUAUGUCGACUCAAGACCUGACAGAAAUUCAAAUAUCUGACUGGCAACCCAAAGCUGAUAGCUCUAAACUUAGUAGAACAAUCACUUACAUCAAACCUUUGACAGUAGGUGUCGGUCCAAAGUCAACGAAAUGUGUAUUGGAUGAUGAAAAUGAGCAUGUCGAUUUUGAUGAUCAUGUUCUUGUACUCACGUCCACCCGUACUCCAGAGGUACCUUCUGGUAAUUCUUUUGUUGUUCGUACUAGAACAGCAAUUUCAUGGGCAACUAACAACAAUUCUCAUGUUAUUGUCUCCACAAAGGUUGAAUGGACUGGUAGAAGUUUUUUAAAGGGUGUUAUUGAAAGAUCAGCAAUCGAAGGUCAGAAAUCUUAUCAUCGCGCUUUAGAGUCAGCAAUGCGUAAAUAUAUUGAAGAGCAUGCAAAUGAAUUUACGGAUACUAAUGCAAUAACCCCUGAGAAAGCUCGUGAAGAAAAAGAAGGAUCAAAGGAAUUAGCUGAAAAAGCUAAAGUCGAGGAUAGUCAUUUAAAGAGUACAAUGGAACAUACUUCAAUGCUGCCAACUAUCUUACAGCAUUUAUUAGAUGGUACAUUCGAGUUAUUCAAUAAAGUAGUCAGACUAACGAUGACAAUAUUUUCAGCUCUAGGAGCUUUGACGAUUUCACCAUCAUUUACGAAAACACUUUAUGUUUUAAUCUUGAUUUUAAUCAUAUCAAACGCUUACACGUAUUUCAAUUUAACGCCAUUCAAGCCAAUAUCAACAUUAAGUCAAAAUCACGAACCACUAUUAGUAGACACGAUUAGAAGUGUUGUACAUGAUGCUUUCAAACAUCACACGCACACACAAUCAAACGCACAAAUGGAGAUUGAUCAAUUAAACGUUGCAUUAGAUAGGAUUCAAAAUCGUUUGGAAAUUAUCAAGCAAUCAAUGUAA